UUGUGUGGCCGGACCUUGACUAGGGCCGUCUUUGCUCAGGCACCCAGCUGGAGAGUCACAGCACUGUGGACAGUGGAGAAGAAGAAAGUCAGUCAGAUAGAUGAUGAGAAGAAGCGAGAGUAAAGUCCAGUAGAGAGCAAAGAAGACCUUUUCCGCACACAAGCCGGAGCAUGGAGGCAUAAAAGCCCCAUGGAUUUAGUUGACCUCUACCUCCCUGAGUGCUUCACCUGCCACCCGGACACUGAAGAUCUGGGCAGGAUGUCUGUGAGGGGCUUGGACCCCAGCUGUACCUCCUCCAUAAAGCGGGAGCCCUCCAGCCCCAGCUCCCAGGGAGACGCCAGCCCGGCUCAGCCCAGUCCCGGGAGCUCUUCCUCGGACACUAACUCCAGCUACGGUCCCUUGAUUAAGGGCCACGGUCACGGCAAUGAACUGGACUCACCGGGUCUUUACGGGCGUACGCCAGGGUCUGCUGACAGCGGAGGCCCCAACAGAAGGUUUGUGGAGGAGGCCCAAGUGAAAUGCGAAUUCCUCCUGGGCUCCGUGGCCAAGCGUUUGUGUCUGGUGUGCGGCGACGUGGCGUCGGGCUACCACUACGGCGUGGCCUCGUGCGAAGCCUGCAAGGCCUUCUUCAAAAGAACCAUCCAGGGUAACAUUGAGUACAGCUGCCCGGCGUCCAAUGAAUGUGAGAUCACCAAGCGGAGGAGGAAGUCGUGCCAGGCGUGUCGCUUCGUCAAGUGUCUGGCUGUGGGCAUGCUGAGGGAAGGUGUGCGUCUGGAUCGGGUUCGAGGCGGCCGCCAGAAGUACAAGCGGAGAAUCGACGCUGAGAACAGCCCGUAUCUCCACAUCCAGCACGUUUUGCCCCAGAAGAAAACAUUCGGGACGGGCGGGGACAACAAAGUGGUGUCCCUCCUCCUAUUGGCCGAGCCAGAGGCCAUCUUCGCCAUGCCGGAUCCCACUGUGCCCGAGAGCGACAUCAAGGCUCUGACCACGCUCUGCGACCUCGCCGACCGGGAGCUGGUGGUCAACAUCGGCUGGGCCAAACACAUCCCAGGCUUCCCCUCACUGUCACUGGCGGACCAGAUGAGCCUCCUGCAGAGCGGCUGGAUGGAGAUCCUGAUCCUCCGCGUGGUCUUCCGCUCGCUGCCGCUGGAGGACAAGCUGGUCUAUGCCGAGGACUACGUGAUGGACGAGGAGCGGUCCAAGAUGGCCGGCCUGCUCGACCUCAACAACGCCAUCCUGCAGCUGGUCAAGAAGUGCAAAGCUGUAGGGCUUGACAAGGAGGAGUUUGUGCUUCUCAAGGCCAUCGCGCUCGCUAACUCAGACUCGGUGCACAUCGAGGACUCUGAGGCGGUCCAGAGACUCCAGGACGUCCUCCACGGAGCCCUGCAGGACUACGAGGCCACCAGGCACCCGCAGGACCCUCGUCGGGCGGGCAAGCUGAUCAUGAGCCUUCCUCUCCUGCGCCAGACGGCCGCUCGCGCCGUGCAGCACUUCUGCGGCGUCAAACAAGAUGGCCGGGUCCCCAUGCAUAAACUCUUCCUGGAGCUGCUGGAGGCUAAAGCCUGAGGGAACGUUCCCCCGCCCUUAAUAUUUGAUGCAAACAGGAAGCUUGGCCACUCGCCCUCUAGUGGACAAGACCAGAAGGACGGGCGUUGAGGGACACAUGCCAAACAAACAGAAGAGCUUCUUUUCUGAUACUUGAAGACCCUCGUGGACCAUCUUGUCCUUCUGGAAGCCUCCUCAGAUGCAUUCUCUUCUAUUUCUUUCUUCAUGGAGAGAAGCUAUAAUGUCUCCUCCUCUUUUCAAGAAACCAGCAAUCGGAAUUAGAGAGGACGUUUUCAGGGAAAGAAACGACUACGUGAGAAACGUGAUAUUUAUUUUCUAAAUGUUUAUUUACUUAUGAAGGCUGGAUUCUUUUUUUUUUUUUCAAUAUAACAACUUCUCAGCACUGAUAGCAUCUCCUUGAAAUGGACUUCAAGAUCUAAAUGAACAUACGUCCAGUAAAAAAGUAUCUUAUUGAAAACAAAGAAAUAUCAAAUAUAAUUAUUUUUUUAUUAUUAUUUAGCCAAUAUCUUUGUUUAUUUUGUAUAUUGAUAAAAUGAUAAAAAUGCAUUUUGCUCUUCCACAAUAAUACAAAAAUAUUGAAAUUAAAUUUUAAUUGUCAUUGUUUCAUUUUGAAAAAAAUCUAAUUAAUAAUAAUAAUAAAAUAUAUAUAUUUUUAAAUAAAAUAAUUGUAAUUUUAUCAAGUAAGUAAAUGUAAUAAAUAUUUUUUAAUAUUUUACAAACAUGCAAAAUAAUAAUUAAUUAGGUAUUAAUUAAGAAUUAGUUCAACUAAUGUAUUUAUUUGAUUAAUAAUCAUUAUUUAUUUUAUAUAAUAUAUUCUAGAAGAGCAAAAUGCAUUUCAUCAUUGUAAAAAUAAUAUAAUAUACUUAACUGCUUUAAAUAAUUCAGCCCCCCCUACCCCCCAAAAACACAUUAGUGGUAUUACUAUUAUUGUAAUUCAAUAUAAACAAUAUUUCCUGCUCUGCAGUAAAGUAUCUCAAAUAAUACCAUCUUUUGGCUGAGGAAUAAUAAAAGAUUGUAAAAAUACAAAAAAAAACAAAACCCAAGCUAACCGCGUCCAAGUAUGAUACUUAAAAUGUCCCCCAAUGUCCAGUUCUAUUGUAGUGCUCAAUGAGUGUCCAAUAUCAGGUGGAAAGUGUCUUUUGGUAGUCUUGGUAGACAUCCACGUGUGCACUACUAUUCCUCGUAGCCGUUAUGAAAAAUGGUGUCAAAUUUUUGUAUUUAUUAUUUUUUGCUAGUGUGUCUGCUGUAGUGUGCUUUGUGUGCAAAUAUCAGAGAAUGAAGGAUUCGUGUUGAUGGUGCCGGCAUUAGCAAAAAAAGAUUUUGAUGCUACUUACAUUUACGUCAUGUCUGAAGUGUUUGUUUCUCAGGUGCAGAUUUGGGCAGCAAUAAAGUGUCUCCUCCA